AUCGCGAAGAAACAAAGCGUGUUUCAGAAUCUCCGCCCAAACUUCGAGGUCCUCUACAGUCGUGGUUACGACUCCUGCGAUUGCUGAAGACUCAGCUGGCGAAGUUUUCAUUUCUUCCUUUAGUUUGGUAGAAGCACGCACAAGCGCGAAUAAUUAACCCCACGAGCCCGAGCCCGCCCGCUGGCCUUGCUUGUGAGGCAGGUGACGGAGGAGGCAUUGAUGACACACACAACCUCGUGACUCGCGUACUGCAGCCACUAUCAGCUGCCAGCGUUAUCAGCGUGGCCGAAUUUCAAGACAAACUUUCACUGGCAAGUGUAUCUGGAAUGACUGGCGCGUGACUGGGCGUAUGAUAUGCCCCUUAAAGUUGUGGAAGUCAUGAUCGCGAAGGUAUUAUUUGUUGCUCUGCUUGCGUACACUCACGCAGCAAAUCAAAGAAAGCUCACAGCUCAUCUCAACCCAUUUUGUGAUGACAAGGAGGUUUGUGGCCUCUGCUACGUCACGGCCGAAGGCUCAAAUGACACUCUGCAUUAUUUUUGGUCUGUUUUGGGGGCACCAGCUGCACUUGGCAUCCAAACCCCACCAGACAGCAAACUCAUUGACAUUUCAUGGGAAUCACUACGUGGGCACAACCUGAAUGAAACAAGCUUUGUGUUUAGUGGUCCCGUGCUCUCUUCAUCAGCUGUCGUCAUCUCACAGCUUUUGGAGUACAAUGACCCGGAAAACAAGGCUCAUCUUAACACUACUGAGAAGAAUAGCACCCACUACAUUGACCAGAGCAAACUUCUAUGGAAGGAAAUUCAGGGUUGCACUGGCAAUGGAAGCAGCUUGGUCACUGCAACAUUUGUUGCACAUGCAACCACUUCUGCUCAUGAUGAGGGUUUUUUCUCAAGCAAUGGCACCAUUCAGUUUACGCUUGAAGUCCAAGACAGCGAUGGCCAUGACAUCCAGUUUCCGCAUCUCUUCUACACAAGCGACAGUAGCCAAAUUCAGCUCUCUUUGCUCAACCUUUCACCUCAACUAGGCAAGACGUCACAGUUUGCAUUCGAGCUAACUGUCCUCGAUGACUCAUCUCAUAACAGAAGCUACGGUAUCAGCACUACGAGAACUUUUGAUGAUGAGUACACACCAGGCGUUUUUACAAGUGUGGCCCUGUUCGAUGAAAAUGAAAAUUCCUCGUCCACUUUUUAUCUUCAUUGGAAGCCAGUCUGCUAUCGUGAUCCAGGAAGAACAGUGACGCUAUCAGUUGAUGCUGCAUAUCAAAACCUCACCUCUGCUGCAAGCUGGUGGAGCUUUAAUGUGGCAACAGCAUGGCUUGCACAUAGGGCACCCAAAGUAGCCUCUUCAGCUGUCAUGGUGGCCUUUGGCUCAGAAGGCGACGGCUGGUACCAGGAAAACAACUAUGCCACAUGGGCCAUGUCAAGUGGGUUUGGAGAGCGGCCCCUGGAGCACGUUUCUGUGACAGUGCUGUCAGUUACCUCUGUUGGUCUUGGAAUCCCUGCCAUCAUUGCACUUGGCACCGUAAUCUAUGUGUCAAUACACAAACCGGAGCCAAAACUGUGAUCUACGACACCGCUAGAAGAAUGGACAAACUACCUCUGCGACUCGGAGAGACUUUCGCAUACAAUGCAGUGUUGUCAGAGAGUGUGCAGACUACGCCUUCACCUACUCCACCAACGGUUACAACUAGUCCAUACUGCUUACGCAGUUAUGUACUGCCCUACAGCGUUCUUUUUAAUUAAGUUAUGACUGCACUAAUGUGCGGCACGUCAUGUUUGUUAUUCCCAGCAUGUGCAGCUGUUGUUUUUUUUUUUUUUAUAUAUAUGACAUUUCACAGGACAACUGUGCAACAAUGACCCAGCUUUCUUCCUAAAGUUAUAGUCCUCUUCAAUUACUUCAGGUGCAUUGUUCAAAAUAUGUGCCAGCCAGAGAAGCACCCAGUUGUAUCGUUGUUUUUCUUUUGAGGAAAAAAUAAAAGGUGACAGGAAUAAAGCACAACUUCAGAAUCACCAAAAA